GGACACACGCUAGUCCACUACCUUUACACCGGCACAUAUCAACCACUCGAAGUAAAAAGCGGCGACGCAGCGUCAAUGGCGCAUAUGAAGUUCAAACAAGCCCUCUUGACAUUUGCUCUUGCUACCGUGUACGAACUACCGGACCUUGAAGGCCUCGCCAAAGAGCAGAUCAGAACACAUGGUGGUUUCAUGGCACUCGACGAAAUUCUAGACACUGCGAGGAAGUGCACAUGGUUCCCAAAGAUGGCUUGGUCCUGGUUCCAUGAGUACCUGCAAGCUCGAGCUAAAGAGCAAUUCAAAAUCGACUAUAAGUACUUUACAAGUAAAGUCUACAUUGACAGUGUGGGCGAUGGUAAGCUGCAUAGGUUCAUGACAUGUCACCUUCUGGAGACAUUCACUGAGAAGCUUACU